AAACAAGAACGACUGCAGUUUCGUUCUUCAAGACUAUGGCCUCUAUCAGUCAAACUCUUGUUCUACUUGGAGCGGUAGCAAAGUAAGAAGUUUCCCUUAGACGGUUAAGAAAAAAAGUUAUUAAAUAUGGCAUCGACGUCCACUACCAGGCGAGUGCAAGUAUCCCGUGAAAUAUCUAAGUACGCAGCGAGCGUACGUUAACACCGUUUGUGUUAUUGCCGGAGGGAGGAGAGAAGGAGAACGAGACAGUGAAAGUGGAUCAAUACGCGGUGAGCGUGCGGCCUGUCUGGCAGCGUGCGGCUGUUCCUCCUGCGAGGCCGCCUGUCCUCGCAAGGCACUCGCGGCGAACGCGCUGACGUGACAGAUUCACCUGGUUGACAGCCGUGCGAUCGUAGACCCCGUCGCCGGAAUUCCACGCGGCUGAUCGAGGGAUGCGCGGGGAUGCUGCGAUCGAAUCCACGGUGCUCCAUCGCGAGUGUCCGACUUGGCGCGUGAGGCGUUUCGCCGCGGCGGCUCGGCUGGAUCUGAUUUCUCGGGGCGAUUAAAGGGACUGACAGCUCCCGCCCGGAGGCUACCGCCCGGUCCUUCAAUCCUCGACUACCCUCUGUCUAUUUAUCGCUGACGAUCAAAGGGUGUCUUGGUUCGAUUAUGCAGGCGCGGUAGUGACGGACAGGCGACAGAUCGAUCUUCGCUGCAUGGAGACUCGGGGAUUGGUAACUUCGCCGGUUUGCGGUUGACGGGGAAAACGUAGAGGGAAUUAGAAAGCGGCUCGGGUCAUCGUGUUACGUGGCCGAGAUGUACCUGUCUCAUCUUGUAAGACGAGCGUUCUGCAAGCAGGAGCUAACUUGCCUGCGAUUCCUGCGAUGGACCGUCCUGGUGCCGCUCGUGAUUUAUAUAUCGCUCCUAUUUGUCAAGUACAAUAAAAGCGUGCCUCUGAAAAGUUUAUCGACCCCGAGCGACAGGGACAAAGAGGGUGUCGCGAUAGACAACCUGUUCUUCGAACUGGAGACCGUGACGGCCGACAAGAAGAGCUUGGCGGGUCACAAGGACACGGGAAUCAAUCGGCACGGGGACGACGAGAGCAUACGGGAGGUCGUGGAGGCGGAAAAUCGCCAGGAUCCGAGAAACCUUCUCGAGGACAUUUUCCGGAGAGCCGACACCGACGAGAACCAAUUGCUGGACAUUCAGGAGCUGGCCAAGUGGAUCCACGCGAAGAUCACCGAGCACAUCACGCGGGCCAUGCGAGAGAACGUCGGCUUGUUCACCGCCAUCGACAACAAUCCUAGAAACGGUGAGGUAUCGUGGGACGAAUAUCACGCCUAUUUCCUGAGGACCCACGGCUUCUCCGAGACCUACAUAAAUUCUCACAACAAGAAGCACAGCGAGAUGCCAAGGGCGCUGAAGGAGAGCAUAAUGAGGGAUCGAGCGCGAUGGGCCGAGGCCGCUAGAAACGAUCCCGAGAAAUUGGCUCUGGACGAGUUUCUCGCUUUCACACAUCCCGAGAGCAGUCACAGGGCCCUUCUGCAAAUGGUGGAGGACCUCUUUGAGAAAUUCGAUCGGGACGGCGACGAGCAACUAACGGAAGACGAGUUCUCGGACUUGCCGGCGGAAGGGGUCGGCCUGGAUUUACGCGAAGAUCGGCCACAGUCGAUAGGAGGCAGCGAAGACAGGCGUAAGGAGUUCCGACAUCUGAUUGAUAAGAACAAGAACGGGAAAGCGGAUCGAACCGAGCUGCUGAUGUACAUCGACCCACGAAACCCCAGACAUGCUAUCCAAGAGGCCCAACACUUGAUCACGCUGUCGGAUACGAAUUUAGACGGGAGACUGGAUCUUCCGGAAAUUCUGAGCAAGAUGGACCUGUUUCUCGACAGCAAGAUGGUAGACACCGAGAAAAGUUUUCACGACGAAUUUCGAUAAUCUCCGCAUAUGAACGAAUGUAGCUAUAAACAUUGAGGAUUGAACAGGAAGGCUUUCUCCUUCGACAUUUGUACUGAGAAAUUAGACAAUAUCAUUUUUCCACCGAUGGUCAACGAGGGAUUAGACCAAUACAGUUAAUUAAUCGAUUUGUGCAGGGUACAUAUUAGUAAACUUCAACGGGAUUUCUUUACGCACGUUAAUCGAGCUAUUGCGCAGAUAAAAAUUAUAGGCUUUUAGAACGUAUCUGUGAUAGUCUUUACGACGUAGAAUAUCAUUUAAGUAGGCGCAAUUAUUAUGACAUAGUGGUAGGUAAGUAUUACGUUAAUUCGCGAUAAACGGGAAAAUGAUUCAAUCAGACCGUUUGCACAGUUAGGACGAUCGAUAAUUAAUUACCAAUUGGAUGAACGAUGACGAUAUGGAUAUAGGGUUGCAAAUCCGUCCUUUUGUAGAUCUCUUUCAUGACUUCUUAGUGUCUUUCUCGUGUGUGACUCGUUCGUGAACUAUCUAGAAGACUUAUUUAGAUUCCAAACGCGGAGAUUAGAAAGAGAGUUCUCCGUUUUGAAUUACCGGUCUAAAAGUAUCGUUUAAGUCGUGCAAGAUGAAAAUAUCAGAGAUAAUGUAACAUAAUAUAUCUAUUUAAUUUGUGAUAUUAAUGAAGGUAAUUAAUAUUUAUAUAAUAAUAUUC